AUGGAGUUGGGCAUCGACCCAAAGAAGGUCCCCUACUGGUUCGUGGAAUGCUGUGAAUCGGAUGGAUACGAUACCGACGCGCUGGUGGUGCUGGCGAGAACUGCGCCUCUGUCCCCGGGCGAGUCCACCACCUCUUCACCUGGUUUCGAGUUAGUUGGGGACACGAAUGUGCACUCCGCACGAGACGAGUGGGUUCUGGACAAGUGGCCACUCGGCUUUAUGUUUCUGGAGAGCAACUGGAACCCUCACAAGUGGAAGUUUCCUCCUGUGUCGAUCGGCAUCAACGGCGGCGCAGGAUGUGGAUGUACGAACUGCUCCUUCGACGGCGACUGCGGCAACGCGCUUAAUGAGAGCAAAGCGCUGGCAAUUAGCCGCAAUACUCGAACGGGAAUGCGAGGGAUCACUGCAACUGCACCAAUCCCUGCGGGUGAGAUCAUUGGGGAGUACUUGGGCGAGCUGGAUAUCUUCGGACCUCCCUGUAAGUACGGACCAGUCAACGAGGGUUAUCGCAUGCACUUGUAG